UCUACAUCUUCUUCCUGACUACCUCUCUCCCCCCCUCUCUCUCUCUCCUAUAUAUAUUUUCUCGGUCUCUUCCAGCGACGUUACCGGCGUCAAUUAAUCCGUCCGGAAUUGCGGCAGCGGACUAGAAAUGGCGAUGUUAAUGGCCUCACGUCGACUCUCAUCUUCAUCGACAACAUCAACACUGUCUGAGACUUGCCGUGCUAUCUGUUUGAGGUCUUUUUCGACGGCGUUCAGGGAGGAGCGUGAUACAUUUGGACCGAUACAAGUACCCUCCGACAAGUUGUGGGGUGCUCAAACUCAGAGGUCAUUGCAGAAUUUUGAUAUUGGAGGCGAGCAAGAACGAAUGCCUGAACAAAUUAUUCGUGCCUUUGGAAUUCUUAAAAAAUGUGCAGCCAAGGUGAACUUGGAGUAUGGUCUUGAUCCAUCUAUUGGGAAGGCAAUAAUGCAGGCAGCCCAAGAAGUUUCUGAGGGAAAACUGGAUGAUCAUUUUCCACUUGUUAUAUGGCAGACUGGUAGUGGAACUCAAAGUAACAUGAAUGCCAAUGAGGUGAUUGCAAAUAGAGCCUCUGAGAUUCUGGGCCACAAGAGGGGUGAAAAGUUUGUACAUCCAAAUGACCAUGUCAAUAGAUCACAGUCUUCCAAUGACACAUUUCCUACUGUUAUGCACAUAGCUGCAGCAGUUGAAAUAAAUUCAAGAUUUAUUCCGAGCUUGAAACAGUUGCACACUUCUUUACAUUCAAAGUCCCUUGAAUUCAAAGAUAUCAUCAAGAUUGGACGCACGCACACUCAAGAUGCCACGCCUUUAACUCUCGGACAGGAGUUCAGUGGCUACUCUACACAAGUAAAAUAUGGAAUUGAUCGGGUCAUGUGUACUUUACACCGCAUGUAUCAGCUUGCACAAGGUGGUACUGCUGUGGGAACAGGAUUGAACACAAAAAAAGGAUUUGAUGAAAAGAUUGCUGCGGCAGUAGCUGAGGAAACUAACCUACCAUUUGUCACUGCUGAAAACAAGUUUGAAGCUCUGGCUGCACAUGAUGCUUUUAUUGAAACUAGUGGUGCCUUGAAUACAAUUUCUGCUUCUCUUAUGAAGAUUGGAAAUGAUAUACGACUGUUGGGAAGUGGUCCACGUUGUGGCCUUGGUGAACUUAUUCUUCCUGAGAAUGAGCCAGGCAGCAGCAUCAUGCCUGGUAAGGUUAAUCCCACUCAGUGUGAAGCUCUCACAAUGGUUUGUGCUCAGGUUAUGGGAAACCAUGUUGCAAUUACUGUUGGUGGAUCAAAUGGUCACUUUGAACUGAAUGUGUUCAAGCCACUGAUUGCUAGUGGCCUUCUACAUUCACUGAGGUUGCUUGGGGAUGCAUCGACUUCUUUUGAAAAGAAUUGUGUAAGGGGAAUUCAAGCCAAUCGUGAAAGAAUUUCAAAAUUACUACAUGAGUCACUGAUGCUUGUUACAUGCUUGAAUCCUAAAAUUGGUUAUGACAAUGCUGCAGCAGCGGCCAAAAAGGCACACAAGGAGGGAACCACAUUAAAGGAAGCGGCAUUGAACCAUGGAUUGCUCACAAGUGAAGAAUUUGAUCAGCUCGUUGUACCUGAGAAGAUGAUCAGCCCCACAGAUUGAGCCUAGAAAUAUGUUAAGAGUUCUUAAUAAUUACUUCCCAGGCUUCAGAGCUGAUUUCUCUGAAGUUCCAUUUUUGCAUCCACAUAUCAAGCCUUUAGGUGGAUUUAGUUGGUUGAGAUGUAAAAAUAUGACAUUCAUGGAAUCUUGACAGGCUGGAGUUUUGCCUGAAUUUUUCCUGGGGUGCAUGCGAGUGAUUCUUGCAGUUGAUCCAGUUAAUAAUGGAGCUGCCGUUGACCAUGUAACAGAAGAAAAACUGUUUGAAAUGAGAGAAUGGUAUAUUGAAUGGAAAUAUCUAGUCUCAGAGAAGAACUUGUACCAUUAUUUUCUGAAUUUUCAAAUUAUUUAACAUAAAUUGAAGAUAAGGCUAAAACCAGGUCA